AUGGUUGAAAAGAAACGAGUGUUCAAAUUCCUGCUUGGCCUUAAUAAAGAACUCGAUGAGGUACGUGGUAGAAUCUUAGCUAUUAAACCAUUACCUAACAUCAGAGAAGUGUUUGCAGAAGUACGAAGAGAAGAAAGUAGGAAGAAACUAAUGUUAGGAGUAACUGCAAGCUCUGAAUCUGAAGAAUUAGCCAUACUUGCUCGAAACCUUGGUAAUAAGGUACGUACAAAUACUCAUGCUAACCUUUACAAUCGAAACCCAAACUACACAGGAUUUGAAAAUCAGCAACGAAAACCAAGACCAUGGUGUGAACACUGUAAAAAAUCAGGACACACUAAAGAAGUGUGUUGGGAUAUUCAUGGAAAACCUCCAGAUUGGAAGCCCAACAAAGGUGCAGAAGACAGACGUGGAAAGGCAUAUCAAGCAAGUACAUCAUUAGAAGGUAACGUCAACCUUGAAUAUAAUGUGUUUACUAAGGAGCAGUUGGGCCUUCUCCAAAAUCUAUUCGGCCAACCGAAACCUACUCAAAAGACAUCAGAAACCAGCGUAGUAAUAAUGGCACAAUCAGAUUUGAAUUCGGGGAAGAUGAUUGGCAAUGCUAAGGAAACCUCCGGUCUCUACAUACUAAAUGUUCUUCAGCCAAAAGUCAAGGAGUUAGGUCUUAGCAAAUUUCGUUUUAUUUCUAAAGACUAUUAUAAUAGAGUAUCUUGUACAUCUAAUUUUGUUGUCUCUAAAGAUAAUUAUAUAUUUUCAAUAAAAGUUCUCAGGUAUUUCAAUGUGAGUCUUGUGAAUGGCAAAGUUGGCUCAAUCCUCAUAUCAGAUUGCAAUCAAUCUGAUUCAGUUUGUCAUUUCUAUCAUUUUUUCAAUGAGAAAACAGGAGAGAGUAUGGAGAUGUUUGAGAGUUUUGAAGAAAAACUCUUUGAAGAAGAAGAUGAUCUGAAGCUCAAAUCCGAUGAUGUUCAGACACUUUUGGAGUUUGAGCUGGGUACGACUUUGAUCAGCAUGUCAGAAGCAUUAUCCGAGGACAUGGUUCGUGAUCUUNGUUGGAUUGUUGCCUAUGGGUCGAUUCAUGAUGGUUCUCGAUAA